UUUCUGUGUUAUCCAGAAGAAAAGAUGUCCCGCUUUAAAAUGGAGUGUGAUCCUAUGAACUCCCACAGACACAAACUAGGCAAGGAGCUGGUGUGCAUCGAAUACCCGGGGGUGGUGCGUAAUCCUGACCGGAUGAUGGCAUCGCUUGGUGGGGCCGCUGAACUUAGUAUGGCAAUCUGUUCGGAAAAGCGUCGACUGGAGGUACGGUUCCGUCCGGAGUCGAUGUACUCAAAGCCAGCUUUCGGCGAUCGGAAUAACACUACCGGAUUGGUGUUGAAAGUAAAAACUCGCCGUAAACGCAGUCAGCCAAAUGAGGUGGAGAUCCGUUCGUUGGAAAUCGGUGGACGAGUCAGUAUGGUUUUCAAAUUCGAAACCAUGUGUGACUUUCAGUUGCUGCCUGCAUUCCGCAAUCAAACCACCGGUGUAGUUGACUGCCUCUAUGAUAAGAUGGUCCCCAAAGGGCUAACGACGUUGAAUCCCACAGAAGGAGGGGGAGAUGUCCCAUACUUUUUGCCUCCCAUCAUGUUCAGUAGAUUCGACACGGCUCAGUUGAGCAUAUUCAAGACGAAGGACGUUCUGACGGAUUUGUUGGCUACAGGGGAGAGCGAACGUGCCAGAAGGACCAAGCACGGAAUUUAUCAAUCGUUCAAUUUGAUAGAGCCAUUUCCUACGGAUCCGAAUCCGUUGGCGAUAGAAUCCCUUAAAAUGAGGAAUAUCCGACAGGAGGUUAUAGAUUCUGUGACGAAAAAGUUUGAGGAACGUCCAAUCUGGACUAAGUCAGCCCUCAAGGGAAAUCUGAGUGAAGAUGAUGUCCGAUACUUGCUUCCGACUUUUGGGUUUUAUUUCGUGAAUGGACCUUGGCGUGGGACGUGGGUCCGAUUCGGUUACGAUCCUCGGAAACUUUUCGAGUCUCGCUACUAUCAACUGUUGGAUUUCCGAGUUCGAGCCAUCGGAGCCAUGCACGAUAAAGUCAAAGUCAAGCGGUCGCAAAAUCCCGUCCGGCCGUGUAUGAGAUCCAAUCCGGUAACGAGUAACCGCGAUGCCAGUAAGUCCAACGUCAGUCGGACCGCUCCAAAACAGCGCGAUUACGCCUUCACGAUGGACACUUUGCCCCAAAUGAGGAUAAUUUUCUACCAAUACUGUGAUGUGCAUGUUCCUCGGAUUCAGCAGAUGUUGGAAAAGAUUCCAACCCCGAAGACGGGGGUGGUGUGCAACGAGAAGACCGGGUGGCUUCCGCCGAGGUUCGAUGAACAGUGCAGGGACAUUCUAACGGAGAUUGUGCUGAAGAAUUUCAAAGACAAAAAGGAUGACGAUCCCAGUGCAAGCGAGUUAGAGACAGGCGAUGAGACCGAAGUGACGUACGAUGAGGAGGAAGACGACUCCGAGGAUGAGUUGAGAGAUACAAAAUUUAUUGGCGAAACAAAGCAAAGCUAAAACUGGCUAUGCGACUCCUAGUUUUAAGAUCCGCAAAUACAAAAAUGAUGAUGUACUAAAAAAAUGUAAUGCAAUACCAUUUUCACCGA